UUGGACCCUCGCCUCGGUCGAGUCCCGCGAGUCGACCGACUAACAGGGGUCUUGCAGAACCGAGAGGCAUUAAUUUCCAGGACUGUCCGACACUUUAUGAACGACAAUCUGACUACACUUCGUCCACUAAAGGUUCGCUGGACUCGUAUUUCAAAUGAGAUAUCACCCGAAAGUUUCACUCUGAGAUUUCAUCCAGAAUCUCUCUCUUCACGCAUUUCUGAGUUUCAAGUUGUCGUCUUUCACUUUUGGUGCGACAAUGAUUCAACGAUGGAACUUUUGGCCUUCGCUUGCACCAAGAAAUUCUCACUGUAACUUUUCAAAAAGCACUCUUCCAAGACUUUUGACAAUCAUCCUCUAACCGAUGAGAUAGCAGACCGACACGAUAGAUAAACACAAAAGGAGACUUGAAAGAGAGAGAGAGAGAGAGAGAGAGAGAAGCGACAAAAGGAGAAUUUAAUGUAAAGGAAAAAAAAUACCUUUGGACGUGUUAUAAAGAUGAGAAAACAUUAAGUUUGCUUAAUCUAUCGUGUGAAGAAAAUUAUCGGAUCAACGGAGUGGAUUAUGGGUGAAAAAUAUCUAAGGUGCUGUGGUGUAUCAAAGAGAGAGAGAGAGUCCCCUUUUUUUCCUUCCAUCAUGAUGUCUCGAGGUGGUUGCUGCAAAUGAGGCUGGCGAAAGAGGAAGAGGAAUAUUGACAGUCUUCUUUUUUGGAGGGGACUGUGAGAUACGAUGGCCACGUUCAUAGCGACGGGACGUCGGAGAUGGGGUUGGGGGUGGGUGCUCUUCGCCGUCACCUUGCUCGUUCUGGCCACCCCCAGUCCCGCCGCCAUUCGGAAAGCUGAGCGAGAUCAUUGUAACAAAACGGUGGACAUUUAUGAAGACGUGUCGAGUCCUGCAGUGACAUCAAAGACUUGGGGAAAACCACUCACUUGCUGGUAUCGUUUUCGAGCUUUUCGUGGCACUCCCAGGGAUUGGAUUCUGCGAGUUCGUUUCAAAAAGUUUAAAGUCGGCGUACUUGAGAACGCAACAACCUGCUCCGGUGGUUAUCUACAGAUAACCGACGGUAAUGCAAAAACAGAAGUGAGCAAUCGAAAGGAGCCCGGUGUAUUUUGCGGAGAAUCAGAGCAACCACAAACAUUUAUAUCCGAGACAAGUUUCGUUAGAGUUCUCUUCCACACGGACAAUUUCACCGAUCAAACCUAUUUUAGUUUCGAUUCACGGGCCGAACAACAAUUUGAGGUUUAUCUCCGCUACGGCCAACAUCCAGAACUCUAUCCAAAUCGUCGUGGCGAAGUCGUUGCCGGCAGUUAUUGCGAGAGAGUAUUUAAGGACUGCCGCCUACAAACAUGCUAUGUACAAAGUCCCGCAUAUCCCGGCAUCUAUCCCCGUGCACUUCACUGUAAAUACAAAUUAAACACAAGAUUACCGUUCAUUAAGCUCUACAUUGAAAAUGAGGAAUUCAACAUUGACGGUCAACGUUGCGAGAAUAUAAUGACGUGUCCAAUGAGGCCAAUAAGCUCCGGCUCAGAGCACUGUCCCUACGACUAUAUUCGCGUCUACGAUGGUCAAGACGAAAAUUCCCAAGUAAUCGGCACAUUCUGUGGAAUGGGCAAAUUUCCCUACAGCAUCAUUGGAACGAGUAAGGAUCUCUACGUUGAAUUUGUCUCAUCACCAGCAGGACCAUUGCUAAAUACCGGAUUUCAUUUUAACGUUGGCAAUUGGCCAGGUCACGUGGAAACUGCCGGUGUGAAGAAUGGCAGUUGUGAUUGGUUGUUGAACAGUGAAUCGUUGAAGAAUGGCGAUGAGGGGAUAUUUUUAUCGGUUGCACAUUGGUAUCCACCGCACACUAGUUGCACAUAUCUUUUGAAAGGACGUCCAGGUGAAAUUGCACGUCUCUAUUUUCCGAGUUUUCGCGUAAAUCGCAUUGAAUCGCCGAUUCAGCCCUACGAUGGCGAUUGUGGUGAGAGUUUGACAUUGUACGACGCCGAUUGGCCGGACGAUGCAAGAAUUAUAAAAACAUUCUGCGAUACAUUCAGUAAACCAAUGGAGAAACAUGAUUUUGUCUCGAGUACAAAUUCAUUGUUUGUACGUUUCGAGAGUAAGACGGGAAGUUAUUCGGGUAGUUCGUUGUACUAUUGGGCGCAUUAUGAUUUUUUUAAUGCGACGAAAUUUGGUGAAACGGUGCCAAAUACGGAGUGUGACGAGACAUUUGCGGCUUGGAAAUUGCAGAGUGGAAGAUUGCGAUCGCCGUUGAAUACAUUGGUUUUUAAGAGACCGGGCGAUCCGGCAUUGGACUUGACUUGCACUUAUAGUUUCAUUACUGAUAAGAGAUUGUUUGCGAGGGUGAUAUUGACGGUGGAGUCGGUGAGUUUUAAGGAUCAUCCGUAUGCGCAGUGUGGACAUUGUUGGGACAGCAGGGCGGACAAGGUGAUUAUUAGAGAGCCAUCGUCGGAUGUUGUGAAGGGUCACUGUCUCUGUCGAUUGAGCAGUGGGAAUCCACCAUUGAGAAUUGUUUCGAAAGGCGAAAGAUUGGAUUUGAAAUUAAUUGUCGAUGGUGCGCACGCUGCGGCGAGUUAUUUUAAGCAAUCGGCGCCGCUUUUUGAGGCACGCUUUGAAUUUGCUCACAGUCCACUUUGUGGUCCGGCUAUUUUGCCAGCGACGACAGAUGGGGAAAUUGAAUUUCCACAUUAUGAGGCAUUGGGCUAUGUGACGCCGCCUAGAUCGAUAAAAUGCAUCUGGGAAUUGAAAGUGAGUCCUGAGAGGGAUUUAUUUUUGCAUUUUGAUAAGACGAAAUUUGGCUCGCGCUCGUGUGAGGAUGGAAAGAUUGAAAUUAUUUUACCGGGUUCAACGGAGUCGUUUUUCAGUAUAUGCGGUGAGAAUGUGAGUCAAGCUAAGGAGGUGCCAAUAUUAUCGGCAGCACAACUUUUGUCAUUAGACUCGGGACGUGAAUCGGGAUUGGUGAUUCAAUUCACGGGAUCAAUGGCAUUGACGAGGGCCGAGUUCAAGAUCACAUGGACUGAAUUGUAUCAUUUGUCACGCGAUGGUACUGGGGCAUUGAAUACACAAAGACUGGAGGAAUGUGGAUUUCAGUGUCCGGGCGACGCGGGUUGCAUACCGAAUCGUCUUCUGUGCAAUGGAGUUAUUAAUUGUCCAUUGCCGAAAUUACCGCCGGGUGUGUUCAAUAUGAGUACCCUGGAGCCGGAUGACGAAUCUAUUGAGACUUGCGGCGGACCGAUUGGUGGCAAUGGUGGCAGUGUUGUUGGGCCUGCUGGAUGGGCUGGUGCUGGAUUAGGUGCUGGUUUGGCCAUUUUAUUUGGCCUCGUGUGUUUAAUUACUGUUUGUCGAGUUUGUCGACGAAGAAGUCGAUCAAGGGACAUUCACGUGCCCUAUUAAAUAAUGUGCCAUUUACGAAUAACUUUAUUAGCAACUAUUCAUUAUAUAUAUGAACUGCGAGAAAUUAUAGAGAGUCUUGCACUUCUUUUUUCAUUAGACGUUCAUUUUUCCAUAAAACGAAAAUUAAAUUUCCUUUCGAAUUUUGUCGGAGUUUUCAAAUAUUCAAAUUUUUAACAGUAAAAUUUAUCUAAAAAAAUUUACUGUUUUUUAACAAGAAACACUGUUGUAAAAAAAUACUGUU